UCGGCACAUACCGUACAUGAUUGAUCACAGUACAUCCAGUUAGCAAGACACGGUACAGCAGAGCAACUCGUAGUGAAACUCGUCCUUUUUAUAUUUAUUUACUUGACUGAAGCUCGCCUUUCUCUCUGCCUGUAAAACAUGGUGAACGUGCACAAAGGUGUCCUUGUUGAAUGUGAUCCUGCAAUGAAACAGUUCCUGCUCUACCUGGAUGAAACUAUGGCCUUGGGGAAGAAGUUUGUCCUCAAAGAUCUUGACGACACGCAUCUCUUUAUCCUGGCAGAAGUGGUUCAGACUCUCCAGGACAGAGUCGGCGAGCUAAUGGACCAAAAUUCAUUCCCCAUCACGCAGAAAUGACGGGCUUCUAUACUUGGAAUCAGGACUGUUUAAGACAUUAUCAAAUGAGCACUGCACUGUUUUAAAUGCAGACGGAAAGUUACUUUUGGAAAACUAAUGUGGAAAACUUAAGUAAAUGCUGCACCAUGUUUUACUUUGAAUCCAUUGUGAUUAAAUAUAUUUUGAAUUUUAA